AUGAAAGGUUGAAAUGGAUCACUAAACUUAUAGAAAGUAACCAAAUUACCCUUUUGCAUAGUCCUCCAUCAUCAGGAAAGAGUACCCUUGGACAACUUCUUCAAGACUUUUUUGAAAAUUGUGGUAAUGAUAGCAUAUACAUUACUCUUGCUGGUAUAUCUGGUAAAGCAGAAAUACAUGAUGAAAACCUAUUUGACAAAUUUUGGAAAAAUGAAGUUCAUUAUACUUGGACAGAAAUCAGUAAAUGGGAAAAGACUAUUUAUGUGUUCAUUGAUGAGAUACAGAUUAUAUAUAAUGAUGGUACACCAUUCUUUUGGGGUACUCUGAAGGCACUUUUAUCAAGACAUCAAAAUAUUCAUAUAAUUUUGCUUGGAACAUACCAACCAAGUCAUUAUCAUCUAGCAACACCUAUUCAAAUUAGCAAUACACUUGGUCUGAAUGCUCUACUUCUAACAUGGGAUGAAACCAAACGGCUUAUAAUGAACUAUAUUCAGAGACAUGCUAUUUUAGGUAGCCCAAGUUUCAAUAUUCCUGAACAAGUUCAGGAGGCAAUCUUUAGUCUCACUGGUGGACAUCCUGGUUUGUGUCGAUUCAUUUUAUCCAUAUUACGCACACAAUUUCGUGAAAAUGGAAAAACAGUGGAAAUGCUACAAUAUCUUGCUUCAACAUGUUUACGAGAUAGUGUAAUAACAACUGCACGUGCUUUUUACUGGCUUCGUGAUUGGAAACUAACUGAGGAAGAAUCUAAAUUUAUUCGUGGAAAGCUACUUAAUCAACCUAAUGUUCCCUUUUCUGCUGACUAUGCUUCAAAUCCUAUUGUUGAGAAAUUUGUUAAGAUAGGCCUUUUCUCUGUGACUGACUCUAAUCAAUUACAAUUUUCUGCACCCAUAAUGCAAGUUAUUCUGUGUCAUUACCUAUUCACUGCCCCUUUAAAUGUUGAAUCAUCACCUACAAAAACCUUUGAAGAGUUUUUGAUGCGAAGCAUUGAACGUAUGAGUCCAUCUAAUUUUCAGAAUUCAUUUGGAAGGGGAUAUGGUGAUAAUUCAUAUUUAUAUGAGAGAAGUUGGCAAAUGGAAUGGUACCAUUCUGCUAUAACUGUAAUUCCAAUGAACACAUCAAUAAGUGCUGAUGUUGGUGCAGUGUUUGGCUCUGCAGGAUUUUUGGAUUUCUAUGUUGAUGGAGAACUUUGCUGGGGAAUUGAGCUGACUCGUGAGGGCACUUGUUUAAAGGAACAUGCAAAACGAUUUGAAGAAGGUGGCAAGUAUGCUGAUAUCCCAUUAAAACAAUGGGCUGUUCUUGAUUUUCGACAUUAUUCAAAAAAAGUAAAAAAACUUGUCCCAAAUUUCUGGUAUGUGUUCUACUCAGAUGAUUAUAAAAGUGUUACUAUAAAGCGUGACAAGUUGGAUGAUAUAACACUUUAUUUGCAAG